AUAUUGUUAUUAAUACGUAAGUUGCUUAUAACAGCCAGACCUUACAAUGCAUUCUGUUCUCUCCCCUGCCCCAUAACUGAGACCUGUCAGAAUCCAUGGGGAGGAUACGGUCAGGGGAGGGCGGACGGCCAGGCCGGCUGUUCACCGAUCAACCUGAACAUCUUCACAUGUGCUGGUGAAGACUCGAAGCCUCCGGACGCACCGCCCCCUCCUGCACCACCUCCACCUCCAUCGGCACCACCACCACCUCCACCCCCGCCCCCGCCACCUCCACCUCCGCCUAAACCCCCCGAACCACCACCACCACCUCCACCCCCGCCCCCGCCACCUCCACCCCCUCCUCCGCCAUCAAGAAGAUUCGGAGAAGAUGGCAGAAGGAACAAUCUGUUCACAUCUCUAUUCAGCGUUCCUGGGGCAAUAGCGGAUUCAUUAUUAAGCGGAGAAAUCACCAUCUAA